AUGCAUUAUUUUGUUCUCUUUUGUUUGAUCAGAGCAACAAGAUUUGCUGAAACUUUAGAAAAUGGAUUAGCAAGGACACCACCGAUGGGAUGGAUGUCCUGGACGAAAUUUUAUUGCCAAACGGAUUGCGUGCUUCAUCCAUUCACAUGUAUCCGUGAAAAGCUUUACAUGGACAUGGCCGAUCGUAUGGUGGAAGAUGGUUAUCUGCAGGCAGGUUAUCAAUAUGUCCAUGUUGAUGAUUGCUGGAUGGAACGGAAGCGAGAUCAGCAGGAUCGUCUUGUUCCGGAUCGACAGCGCUUUCCAAAUGGAAUGGCUGCACUUGCUGAUUAUAUGCACCAGCGUGGCCUGAAAUUCGGUAUUUAUGAAGACUAUGGUACGACCACAUGUGCUGGCUUUCCGGGCAGUUAUAAGCAUACAAAAAUAGACGCGGAUACAUUUGCUGAGUGGCAGGUUGAUUAUCUCAAACUUGAUGGUUGUAACAUCGAUGUCGAUUUGAUGCCGGCGGGCUAUGCGGAAAUGGGUCAGAUGCUCAAUUUAACUGGUCGACCCAUCGUCUAUUCCUGCAGUUGGCCUGCUUACCUCAUCAAUCAACCGGAAAAGGUUAUUUCGGUUAAUUAUCAACUAAUUGGACAGCACUGUAAUUUGUGGCGUAAUUUUGACGACAUAAAGCGUUCCUGGGCUUCCGUGAGAACUAUCAUUGAUUACUACGAUCAUCACCAAGACAAACACAUUCCUGCACAAGGUCCUGGGAGAUGGCAUGAUCCUGAUAUGAUAAUUGUAGGAAAUACGGAAUUAACCGUGGAUCAAGCAAAAGUGCAAAUGUCUAUUUGGUCAGUUUGGUCUUCACCGCUAAUUAUGUCCAAUGACUUAAGACUAAUCGCUCCCGUUUUCCGAGAUAUUUUAUUAAAUAGACGAGUUAUUGCCGUUGACCAGGAUCCACUUGGCAUCAUGGGACGAUUGGUUGCUAAUACGACCGAUACUGGAAUUUACGUAAAACCCGUAAUUCCAGCGGCACCCUCAGCUCACCGAUACUCUUACGCUGUAGCUAUUUUCAAUCGUAAUCUGAAUCAAAGGAUGAAUGUUCGCUUUCUGCUAUCAAAAAUUGGACUUACCAACUCUGGUGGUUAUUUAGUUCAAGAUUUAUGGAGCGGUGAACUGAAAGGCCUUCUAAAGCCUAACGAUUUUUAUUCUGUAGACGUGAAUCCCACUGGUAUUGAUUUUUUCAAAGCAACAUUGCCAGAUUUGUAG